AUGGCUAAAAAACGAUCACUGGAUCCAGUACGAGAUCCUAAACAACAACAACAACAACAACCAAAAGACCGAAGGCAUCCCUCGAACGACUUUAUAGACUCUCAAGCAUCACGACCACAAUCACAUAAUGCUUCAAAACCAUUUAAUCCCCGUGACUUAUUUGACAUGGUUUCGAAAGAUUAUGAAAAUUGGCAAAAAGCAAUAUAUAAACAAUUUCAUGAACAUGAUAAUGAAGAUAAUUUCUCCCCAUUCCCAGGGGAUGAAUCUUCACAUACACCACCACCGAUCUUUAAUGGUAGUUUAAUGGAUGCUUUGGAUGCGUCUACGAAUAAUGACAGCGAUGAUGAUGAAGAAAAACGACAAGCAGAGGAGGAGAGACAAAAGAUCAUUAGAAGUCUACCAACAAAUGGAGUAUACAAUCAUACGAAUUUUUUGAAUGAACAAGAGAUUGAUUUCUUGAGAGAUAAGAUUGCAGAAAUGGUUCAUUAUCAAGAAGCUCAUCCGGAAUUUAGAUUAUAUGGAAAUAAAGAAGAGGGGAAUCGACAACAUUCAGAAGGAUUUACAUUAUAUGGAACAAGAGAUGAGGAGGGUUUGCAUUCAGGAAAUACCGAUGAGUGUUGUCCUGAGUGUGGAGGAUAUGAUCAGGAUGAUUAUGACAUUGGUGAGCUUGAAGUUGAUGACGAAGAGGCAAGUGAUUAUGAAUAUGGGCAUACGCAUCAUAUUGAAGUUGAGUUGAAUACUGCCCCUGAAUGUGAUGUUCAUGGGAUGGAAGGGUGUGAUUGUCCUAUUUAUGAUUAUGGGGAUGAUAGCGAUGAGGAUGAAGAUGGCGGAGGUCCUUCAUGCGAGUUUACAUUUGAGUAUGAUCAUACUGGGAAAUUAAUACCCACUUAUAAUAAUGUCGAGGAGAAAUUACGACUAAUGAAUUUAGAGGCUAGAAUUCAGGCAGCCAGAAAGAAUCAGAAACGACGGGGAUUGGCUACUAUUGAAGAAAUACACGACACAAUAGUAGGAGGUGACAAUGACGGUGACAAUGGUAGUUCAAAAGCCAAAAAGAAGAAAAAUAAAAAGAAAAAGAAGAAGAAGAAGCAAAGUGGAGAUGAUGACAAAUCCGAAUCUCCAGAGUUAGCGGAUAUGAUUCCUCGGAAUGAUACGCAGCAUCUUCAUCAAAAUCUGCCAUCAACAAUCCCAAAAGAUUAUUAUGGAUAUAUUCCUAGUAAUGAUUGUUGCUUAUUUUGUGAAUAUGAAGCAAUAUUUGGGAAAAAACCACGAAAUAUGAUGAAAUGGUAUGAUCAAAGAAUAUAUCGAGAAGAAAAGAGACGAGAAGAGUUUAAGAAGAAAUUGGAAAAUGCUAAACUGAAGGCAAUUAAGAAACAACGAGAAAUGAGACAAAAACAAUUACAAGAACAAAAUAAAAUCAUACUGGAAAAUCUGACAAAUGUUGAGUCUCCACCUCUGACCGGAGGAGCUAUUGCAAGGAUGGAAGAUCUGAUGGAAUAA